UUGACCCGCGCCGCUUUUCGUAGCACGAGGUCAGAGGCUGAAUCCAGCAUGGUGCCCGUCAUCUCAAAACGUAUGUAAACGAAGAGUCGAGAAACCUCAUCUUUCCUCUAGCGAGCAACGUACAACAGUGAAUACGGGUGAUGCCGGCUGCCUGCGAUUCUCAUGUGGACGAUAUCGAGGACAUGGUAUCGGGGCUGGAGCCUACGCCCCAUGAUCGUCUAUCUGCCAGACAGGGCGUUGUGCCCCGGCCACGGAGAAAAAAUCAGAAGGGGGAAGCGGAGGAGCUGCAGGUGGACAGUGUCAUCCCCGGUACUCAGAAGAUCUGGGUGAAGACGUGGGGAUGCUCCCACAACAACUCCGACGGCGAGUACAUGGCUGGCCAGCUGGCCGCCAGCGGCUAUACCGUGAUGGAGGAUCCAGCUGAUGCAGAUGUCUGGCUCCUCAACAGCUGUACGGUGAAGAACCCGGCCGAAGACCACUUCAGGAACACCAUAAAGAAAGCCCAGGAGCUGGACAAGAAGGUGGUGGUAGCCGGCUGUGUUCCACAAGCCCAGCCUCGCAUGGACUACCUCAAGGGCCUCAGUAUCAUCGGGGUGCAGCAGAUUGACCGAGUGGUGGAGGUGGUGGACGAGGCUGUUAAAGGGCACUCAGUCCGCCUUCUGGGUCAGAAGAAGGAUAAUGGCAAGCGCCUGGGGGGGGCCCGUCUGGACCUGCCGAAGAUCAGGAAGAACCCGCUGAUCGAGAUCAUCUCCAUUAACACAGGGUGCCUGAACGCCUGCACGUACUGCAAAACCAAGCACGCCAGGGGCAACCUGGCCAGCUACCCCGUGGAGCAGCUUGUGGACCGAGCCCGGCAAUCCUUCCUGGAGGGUGUGUGUGAGAUCUGGCUCACCAGUGAGGACACGGGCGCCUACGGGAAGGACAUCGGCACAGACCUGCCCUCGCUGCUCUGGAGGAUGGUGGAGGUGAUCCCCGAGGGCGCCAUGUUGCGGUUGGGCAUGACCAACCCGCCUUACAUCCUGGAGCACCUGGAGGAGAUGGCGAAGAUCCUGAGCCACCCACGGGUGUACGCCUUCCUCCAUGUGCCCGUGCAGUCGGCCUCCGACAGCGUCCUCAUGGACAUGAAGCGGGAGUACUGCAUCGCAGACUUCCGCCGCGUCGUUGACUUCCUCGCAGAAAGGGUCCCCGGCAUCACCAUCGCCACCGACAUCAUCUGCGGCUUCCCUGGAGAGACGGACGCCGACUUCCGUGAGACGCUGGCGCUGGUGGAGGAGUACCGAUUCCCCUCCCUCUUCAUCAACCAGUUCUACCCCCGGCCCGGCACCCCCGCCGCCAGGAUGGAGCAUCUUCCUGCCCACGUGUUUGUGGUGGAGGUAUUCGCACUUGGAGACUGCUAG